UUGUGGCGGGAAAAUUAAAGACAAAUUGAGAGGGAAAACUGCAGCGAUAAUACUAGUUUCUAACUUUCUACUUUCCUUUCUCUUCCAGAUUUUUUUUCUGUCGACGGAAAAUUUUCAGCUUACUCAGACCAAAAAUGGCCGAAACCACUGCUCUUGGAAUUGAAGAUGAGAUCCAUUCUUUCGUCUCCGAUAGGCUUCAAGUGAUUUCCUACAAAUGGCUGAGUCGAAAUUUUUUGGUUUCCUCCAAUGCUGCAAAGAGACUGCUAGAGGAGUUCGUUGAAAAGCAUGGGGAUGGAUUAGCAGUGAUUUACUCUUUAUCUGGCUGGCUGAAGAGUAACCCUACAACCUACCAUAUAAGACUUGUCCCAAGUCAUAUGCUUCCAGAUGCUAAGGAAGAGUUCGAUGGAAAAUGCUCUGUUCAAGUUUACAGUAUACAGGCUUGCCUCCCUAAGGAUCCAGCAACGCUUUGGAAUCAUGAGUUCGUUCAAGCUGAAGAUCUUUUUAAGCAGCCAUCAACUCUUGAUAAUUGUUUACGAGAUAACAGGUUUUGUGGAGUUUCAAAUUCAUUUGUUAAGAGAACAGUAGGAGAAACACCUUUGGGCUCUGGAAGCAUUCAGGUGAAAUCAACUAGAGUCUCAGGUCUGUCGAGCUGUUCUAUUCCUCAAGCUACAGCUGAUCCACGGUCUAUUCAGAAAAAUUAUCAGAAUGCUGGUUCAAAUCCAGGGGCUCAGUCCCCUAACACUGCAAAACCUGUGAAAACUGAAGGAAACGUAAAGCCAGAUCUAGCACAGGUAGCAGAAAAAGAAAAAGUUCCUCGGCCACUCCCGAACAACAAAAAUGGCCAAAAUAAUAAAAACUCUUCUGGAAGUGGAGGUUCAUUAGCUAGCAUGUGGGGUCGUGCAUCAGCAAAGCCUAAACCUGAUGCUUGCUUGGUCCAAGCUGAGAAAGCCAGACAAGGAUCUUCUGUCAGUGCGGAAGCUCAAAUUUGUGCUCGUGAAUCAGCAGAGCAUGAAAUUAGUGAUGAUGAUGACGACGACAAAGCUUUCAGCGCAAGGAGAACCUCUAAUGGUGAAGGCAGUAGAAAGAGAAGAGCUGUAUUUAAUUACUCAGAUGAGGAAGAUGAAGAUGACAAUGCCAUAAGUCUAGGAUCACCUGAUCCUCCAAAGAAAUCUGUUCCAUGCUCAAAAGAAAGUUUAAAUGCUUCCACCUCAGAGUGCAAUUUAAGUUUCGAGGAGGAGAAAAGUAAGCCAAAGAUCGAAGAAGAGAAAGAAGGUGAUGUAAAAGCCAAGCCAAAGGUCAAAGAAGAGAAAGAAAGUGAUGUAAAAUCUAAGCCAAAGGUCAAAGAAGAGAAAGAAAGUGAACUAAAAGCUAACCAGCAUUUGGGAGAAAACAUUGCAACUGUUAGCAAUGACAAGAAGGCUGGAUCUCUUACUUCAGAGAAGACUCUAUGCCAUGUAACUGAAAAAGAUGCUAGUAAGAAAAAUACCAUGGCCAAUGAUGUGCCUAAAAGAAGAAAAGUGGUAAAGACACGGAUUGAUGAGAAGGGAAGAGAAGUAACUGAAGUUGUUUGGGAGGGUGAGGAACAAGAUUCAAAAUCUAAUAAUAAUAAUUCAGCCAAAAUUGCUGACAAUAAUACAGCAAGCAAUGCAAUUAACGGGCCCCCGGCUGUUCGUAAGUUGCCAGCAGUGGGGAACGCUGCUCCAGCUAACCAAGCCUGGAAAGCCGGAAACAAGAAGGCAGCAACUAAGGAUCCUAAGCAAGGGAAUCUCUUCUCAUUUUUCAAAAAGGCUUGAGGAAAUGAGGCAAAGAUUGUCAGCAUCUAGAAAAAUGCGAUUGAUUAUUAGUAAAAUCUUUUAAUCAUGUAAGUACGAGUUCAGAUCUCUUAACUUUCACUAUAUCUGUUGGCCAUUCCAGUGUUGGUUGACUCUGUGUACACAUCGAGACUAAUGUGAAAUGUAUUUGAGUUUCUUUAUCA